AUGUCCGCUCCGGGGCCCCCUCCCGCCGCCGCCCCCGCGGGGGACGCGCCCUGGACCCCGCAGCCCGCGUGCGCGCUGCUGCUGCUCUGCGCCCUGGGCGCGCUGCUGGGCCGCGGCUGGCUGCGGGGACGCGGGGCGCGCGGGGUCCCCCCCGGGCCCGCACCCUGGCCGCUCGUGGGCAACCUGGGCCCCUCGCUGCUGCCGCGCUGCCUGCGGCGGGGAGGCUGGGGCACGGCGAGGGGCCCGCAGGCGCAGCUGGCCGGGCUGGCGCGCGAGUUCGGCAGCGUAUUCAGCCUCUUCGUGGGCCCGCAGCGCGUCGUGGUGCUCAGCGACUUCCGCAGCGUGCGCGACGCGCUGGUGCAGCAGGCCGAGGUGUUCAGCGACCGCCCGCGGGCGCCGCUCGUCUCCAUGGUCACCAGGGGGAAGGGGGUUGUGUUCGCACACUACGGCCCUGUCUGGCGACAGCAGAGGAAGUUCUCGCACGCCACUCUUCGUCACUUUGGCUUGGGCAAGCUGAGCCUGGAGCCCAGGAUCAUUGAGGAGUUCAGGUUCGUGAAGCAGGAGAUGCAGCGGCAUGGGGACUCCCCCUUCAACCCAGCCCCCAUCAUCGGCAACGCCGUCUCCAACGUCAUCUGCUCCUUGUGCUUUGGCCAGCGCUUCGACUACACCAACAGGGAGUUUAAGCAGCUGCUGGCCCUCAUGUCCCGGGGCCUGGAAAUCUGCCUCAGCAGCCAGGUCCUCUUGGUCAACGUGUGCCCCUGGCUCUACUACCUCCCCUUUGGGCCAUUUAAGGAGUUGAGACAGAUCCAAAAGGAUAUCACCGUUUUCCUGCGACAGAUCAUCCAGGCCCACAGGGACUCUCUGGAUGCCGAGAACCCCCAGGACUUCAUCGACAUGUACCUCCUGCACGCGGAGGAGGAGCGCAGGCGGGACAGCAGCAGCAGCUUCAGCGAGGAUUACUUGUUCUACAUCAUCGGGGACCUCUUCAUCGCUGGGACCGACACCACAACCAACUCCCUGCUCUGGUGCCUGCUGUACAUGUCCCUGUACCCCGAUGUCCAAGAAAAGGUGCACGGAGAAAUUGAGAGGGUCAUUGGGCCCAGCCGAGCCCCAUCUUUGACUGACAAGGCCUGGAUGCCCUACACGGAGGCCGCCAUCAUGGAGGUGCAGAGGUUGACGGCGGUGGUGCCCCUGGCCAUCCCACACAUGACCUCGGAGAACACAGUGCUCCAAGGAUACACCAUCCCGAAGGGCACGGUGGUCCUGCCCAACCUGUGGGCAGUGCACAGAGACCCGGCUGUGUGGGAGAAACCAGACGAGUUCCACCCGAAUCGAUUUCUGGAUGACCAAGGACAACUUUUAAAAACAGAAGCCUUUAUUCCUUUUGGGAUAGGGAAGCGGGUGUGCAUGGGCGAGCAGCUGGCCAAGAUGGAGCUGUUCCUGAUGUUUGUGAGCCUGCUGCAGAGCUUCACAUUCUCCCUGCCUGAGGACGCUGUGGAGCCCGUCCUCACGGGGAGAUUCGGCCUCACGUCAGCCCCUCAUCCGUUCAAUGUCGUCGUCUCUGAGAGAUGAAGAAGAGAGGCGGGCCGGCCAAGAUGUCCUCCCGUGCUGGAGACGUCCUCCCUGCUGGCUUCCAAAGACCUCUGACGAUGUGAAGGUGGCUUUCAACCUUGACCGCGGUCCCAGGGAAUGAGGCAGAUCUGGUUUUCUAAAGCACUGGUUCAGUGUCCCUGUCUCUGGGCUCAUUCCGCUAUGGGUGUCCUUCAUUUAGGGUUCCAGUUUUUGGUAUCUGCAGACAUAGAGCAAAAUGGACCCUUGUCCAGUCCACUGAGGAAAAAGUCAGGACUCCCCAGUUCCCGCCCAAGGCUGCUGCUCUCCGCCCAGCUGGGCUGUGGAGACCCAGCCGCCUGCCCUGGGGCCCCAAAUGGUGAGAGGGGACUGUGAUGCUGGUCUUGAGCCGGAGGCUUUUCUCGGACUCUCCCACCACCACCGCUGGGCCGGCCCUGAGUGCUCUCGGGCAGCGUCCUGUCCCAUGGACAGAACCCUCUCGGCCGGGAGCCCUGGCCUGGGCUGUGCUGGCUUCCCAGGGGUCCUGCUCUGGCAGCUGCCCGUCCCGGGGCUCCUGCCACUCUGCACAGGGAGGAAACUGGCACAGCGCGCCGGCAGUAAGGACUCCUCCUCCCUGAACUGUGCUGAAGGCCUCAGUCUGUGUCUGAUUGUCACAGCGAGGUGCCAGCUGCGGCAGAGCAUGGAGGCUUGGGGAAGUUAAGGCACAGGGUUACAAACGCUGUCUCCGAGUCAGACCUCUGGACUGACCACUUCUCAGGGCUGCCACCAGGGUCCCAACUGCCCGACAGCCAUCCUCUUCCCAACGGCUCUGGGUAGCGGAGAGGGUGCCGGUGGUCAGCACCCACUCUCCCUGGGUGCCUGGUCCACAUGGGAGCGACUUUAAGGAAGAGUACUUAAGGGAAGCCACCCCAUCUCUUUCCCUUUUUUUUUGUUUUUGGAGGACAAAGUCUCUCUAUGUAGUUCAGCCUAGCCUUUUACUCACUAUGUAGCCCAUGUUGGCCUUGAACUCAAUGGCGAUCCUCCUGCCUCAGCCUCCUGGGUGCUGGGAUGACUGAUGUGCACCUCCAUCCAUUUCAGUAUGACCUACGGGUGGUGUUUUUGUUGCUUAAGGUGACUUUUGAAAAUCAGUAUAUAUUAUUUCUUAUCAUCAGUUUAGGCCAGAUUUUUAAAAAUUGCUAGACUUCUGUUCAUCUGAAACAACCAUUUUAAACCCUGAACGAUGCCUUAGCCAAGAAGCGUCACAGGGUGAGCCCAGCGGCCUGGGCCGCAUCCGGUGCCGCGCUUUCCUGUGGCGGAAGUGGCCCUGUGCUCCUUCUCCGAGAAGAGGGAAGAAAAGACCCAGAGAGGCUGUUACUCUGAGAACGGACAGAAAGCAAGAGCGGACGGCCGAACUGGGGCAGCUUUGCUGGAAAGGCCUCCUGUGCCCAUCCCUCUCCCAUUUCCAGGUUGGGACAGGCCCGAGCUCCCGAGCUCCCCGCCACCUGGGCCGCUGGGGUCUGGGGUCCGCAGCCCACGGAGGCAGCAGGACCAUUCGGGGGUGGGGGUGGUUCUCCUUGGCCGCAGCACAUUCCUGGGCAGACUCCCACCCACUCGCCGAAGAGAAGUAACGCAUGCUGAGCAGAGAUCAGAAGAGGAAGAUGGAGGCGUAGGCUCGGGCACUGCUUCCUCUUCCACGCUUCAUUCUCUGCAUCACUUACGCCAUUUUUCCUUCUUAGGAAUACAACCAAGUGCUUGAAAUACAGAGACAUGAAAUACAGACUAAUCUUGGUCUUUUUUAAA